UCGUAUCAAGAAGCUUCAAAACCCCUUGCUAUAAAUUAAGAGUGUUGCUUGGCAUUGGAUUUAGAUACAAGUUCUGAGGAAAGAAAAAUGGCAAUGGCUAGUGAGAAACUUUUGGUGCAAUGCUUGGUUGCAACAUUGUUGCUUAUUGCAGCGGUGGAAGGAGCUAAAGAGACGACCAUCUGUAACAUUCCAUUGAAAAAGUUGGAGCAGUGCAAGCCGGCAGUCACCGGGGAAAAUCCUCCACCGCCAACCAAGGAAUGUUGUAGUUUGAUAAAACAAGCCGACUUGACUUGUCUCUGCAACUACAAGGACGCUCUUCCUGCUUUCCAGAUUGAACCUUCCCGUGCAUUUGCAUUGCCUCAGAAAUGUAAAUGUAAGCAUGCCGUACCACCACAAUGCAAGCCCUGAAUCACUUCAAGUUACAGGCAGAGGUGAAGAUUAUGAAUCAUGUCUGAGAUAUUAUUUGUAUUGAAACUGUUGUUAAAUUUCACCAUCUUUCUUCUUGUUGCAAUCACUUCAAUUUUUCUUCUUAUUUUUCA